AUGAGCGCCUCGGUGCCUCCCGGCAGUGCCCCGGGGGCGGUGCGGGCCAGGCCCGGCCGCGGCUCCGGCCGGGCGGGAGGAGAAAGAGGAGGAGAAGGAGGUGGUGGCGGUGUCGCUGAUGCCCUGCGCCUUGUGUUUUCCCAUCAGGUGUUGUCCUUCUUGCUUCCCAUGUCCUAUAACCAGGAGGAUUUCUUCAGAGAAUACCUCAAAAUGAUGGCGAAUAUGGUCAUCCUGAACUUGCUCAUCUGUAUUUCGCUGGCGUUCUGGAUCGUGUCCAUGACUGCAAGUACGUACUACGGUACUUUGCGACCCAUUUCUCCAUGGCGCUGGCUUUUUUCAGUCUUGGUUCCACUAAUUAUUGCUACACAGGGUUUUAAGAAGAAGAGUCUUGAUCACAGUGGUGCAUUAGGAGGACUGGUGGUUGGAUUUAUCCUUACAGUUGCAAAUUAUAGUUUCUUCUCUUCUUUGUUUGUAUUUUUUGUUACUUCUUCAAAACUUACUAAGUGGAAAAAAGAUAUAAAGAAGAAAAUAGAUUCAGAAUACAAAGAAGGUGGCCAGAGGAAUUGGGUUCAGGUAUUCUGUAAUGGUGGUGUUCCUACUGAGCUGGCUCUCUUAUAUAUGAUAGAAAAUGGACCAGGUGAAAUUCCUAUUGACUUUUCAAAGGAAUACACAGCAUCAUGGAUGUGCUUAUCCCUUUUGGGAGCUUUGGCAUGCUCUGCUGGUGAUACAUGGGCUUCAGAGAUUGGUAGUGUUAUAAGUAAAAGCAAACCAAGAUUGAUAACAACCUGGGAACAGGUUCCAGUAGGUACUAAUGGAGCAGUUACUUUAGUGGGCCUGCUCUCAAGUUUGCUUGGAGGCAUGACAGUAGGUAUAGCCUACUUUAUAACUCAACUCAUUUUCGUGACUGAUCUGGAAAUAUCUGCUCCACAAUGGCCCAUUAUAGUGUUUGCUGCAGCAGCUGGCCUACUGGGAUCAAUUGUUGACUCAUAUUUGGGAGCUACGAUGCAAUACAGCGGUUUUGACCAGACAAUUGGCAUGGUUGUUAACCACCAAACAAAAGACUCCAAGCACAUAUCUGGAAAACCUAUAUUAGACAACAAUGCUGUAAAUCUUUUUUCUUCUGUAAUCAUUGCUCUGAUGCUUCCAGGCACAGCAUGGUUUUUCUGGCCAAGGGGUUGAAAUGGUUUAAGGUUUUCUGCAUGUGAAUCAUUUAUGUUCAGUCUUUCUCAGAGACUUCAAAGAGUUCCAGUUGAACUCUCUGUAAGAGAUGGAUCUGAAACAUUCACAGAGCUAAAGGACUUUCCAUCUCAACUUGUUAAGGCUGUAAACUUCAUGUGGCAAUUGGCAUCUCUCAGGAAGGUGCUUUGUCAAUAAAGCUCUUGCUGCUCCUCAGGUGGAUGUAGAUCAUUGCCAGGUGAGGUGAAGCACUUGAUGAAUUUGUCCUCCAUUUAUGGAGCUGAAGUGUUGAUGUCUCUUCUCUCCAGUUUCCAGCAUCUGGAAGGGCAGGAAGCUGGGAAUAGAAGUCUAAUCCACAUCAAUCAGUGUGAUGGAGCCUUGUGGCUAUUAUCCAAGUUAGACAAAAAAACACUGCAGCUUUAUAUAGGCAAUGGUAACGUGGGUGAUGUGGGUGAAUUCUGGUAUUUCCCAUUAUCUACCGUUUGUAACGUAUUUUGGAAGUAUUUGGAUGAGAAGAAAGAAUUCAGCCUUGUUGCCUAUUCUCUAUCCUGGUACUAGCUCCAGUUCCCUGAGAAUAGGUUUGAUAAAAAUGAUCCAUACGUAACAUUUGAAGCAAAAAUCUAAAUUUAAAGUAGAAACUUUAAGCUGUACCAGUAAGAAUAAUAAAUUUUUAUAUUUUUUUUGACAUCUUUAUUUCAAAACUAAUGAUAUUUAGGAAGAUUUGUCAAUACUGUGGUAUUUAUCAAAUACAUUAAAAUUAAAUAUGACAGUUGUGGAUUCACAAUCAUCUCUUUAGAAAGAUAAUGUUUUUUUUCUAUGAGCAUAGAAUUUUUCCUUAGUGUUUGGCAUUCUAAUCAAACUAUACUCUUUGGUUAUCUCUCAACAGUGGAAGUGUUUCCCAUUUUGUUUGGGGCUUCUAUUUAGAGAUGAUAGCUUCAGCCAAAGAAGCUACAGAUGUUAUCCUUGUAGCAAAUGGGGGAAGUUGCACAUCUAAACCAUUUAAAAGUAGAAAUUUAAUUUUCAAUGCUCAGGUUCCUGUGUUAGGUAAUUCUGUCUUCCAUCAUUCAUUUAUAAAAGUUGCAGAAGUAAUGUAGUCAGUACAGAUUGUAUUUAAACUUUAGAGAUACCCUCAUAAUAACCUCUCAGCGCUGAUAGUCAGAAGUGUGGGCCCAUACUUUUAACUUAUGAAAAGUUUUUUUCUUUUCUUGUUCAAGAUAGGUGAAUAUUUUGUAUUGAACAUCUGGGGUUUUCUUACAAGUGUCUUGUGUAUAUUGCCUAUCUUAAUUCAAUUGACUUUUUUAUUUUAUCACCUUUUAUGGGAAUAUUAAAAACUUUAACACCUUCCAUACUGAGUUUACUCUUUUAAAACCUAGACUAUAUAGAUCUGAAAUUCAUCUCUGGAACUACUUCACUGUAUUAUUCGAUUUAAAGAUGAGAUUUCAAAGUUUUCUGAAUAGAACAAAUUAUGUAGCUGCUCUAUGUCUGUUCCUGUGGAAGGGCACAAAAUUAUGGAAGUAAUAUAUGCACUUAAACUUUAACAAUAAACACUUGGAAAUUUAAUGUACUGUUUGGACUUAUGCUGCUUAUUAAUACUGUUGUGGUUUCUGGAAUUGAGCAAGAUAAAAUUUUUGUAAGAUACUUUUUUUUUUCACCAGUUGAAUGCCUUAUUCUUAUAUUCUUUCGUUUCCUGAAGUGAAAUGUACUUUCAACCACUGAAGUGGACAUGGUCAGCUUUUUCACUAUUUUUUAUGAGUUCAUUUGAAAACCAGCUUACCAUAGUGAGAUGACAUCUCAUUUCAUAUUCAUAGCAGCAUGAAAUGCUUUGAUCUGUGAUCAUAUGAACAAAUGUGAUCUGACUGAAAUCCUGUAGUUAGCAUCUUCAAAGGCUGUUAUUUUUGAUUUUUUUUUUGUCAUAUCUUAGUUAUGACACUUGAGUUGCUUUUGAAACUGCUCCUAAGUUUCCAGUAUACACAAAGAUCUGAGCACACUUAAACUCUGAAAAGGACAGGGUUUACUUCAUUAACUUCAGGUGUACUGAGUAUAGCUUAGGCAAAUAUUGUUACGUUUAACUACUCAGUAGUUGUAAACUGACAAACUUUAUGAGAAGGUGGAGGUGAGAGUAGGGGAUACAGGGAAGAAAUUGCUGGAUGUGACAAACUGCCUGUAACUUAGUGUGGGUCACUAGAAGCAGUUUCUGGGCUCACAAGGCAGCAAAUGAAUAGCCUGUGUCCAAGUGCUACUUGGAGAGACAAAAAAUGCAGGAAGUAAAAAGAAAAAGGGAGAAAAGAGAAAAAACAGGAAGCUGAUAAAUUUAAAAUUGCAAGAUAGGUUACUGCAGUUAAUAAAUUUGCAUUUGUUAAUGAAUUUGUUUAUAAAUUUGCACAGAUUUUGCAUUAAUAAUUAAGUGGCAUCAAUAUUUUCACAGCAAUACACUCAAAAACUUUUUAAAUGAAGUGGUUACAAUUGUGAUUUACAGGUUCUUGUGCUUGGCUUGAUUGGUGGAUGUGAUAGAUGUUUAAGUAAAAUUUUGACAUAUUUGCAUGCAAGAAAUCUUUAGCUAGGUCUCACCCAGACUUGGUGCUGUGAUUGUUGAAGUAUACCGGUAUCAGAACCACCAGUAUCUGUUUUUUAGAUUUCUGUUUUAUUGUUACAGCUGCAGAUUGUUUUGGGUCCAUCAUUACACAGUUUCCUGGGACAGCAAAAUAAAGUAGUGUAAAAACCAAAA